GAACCUACCAACCGUCAGGCAUAUUGUUGGGCACCUUUAGGUCCUCCUUCCUUUUUCUCGUCCCUGAGCGAGCCGACGCCAAGAUGAACGAAACCGUCACACUUAGGACUCGGAAGUUCAUGACAAACCGCUUGCUUCAGAGGAAGCAAAUGGUUCUCGAUGUCCUCCACCCUGGCAAAGCAACAGUACCCAAGACUGAAAUCAGGGAAAAGCUUGCCAAGAUGUACAAGACCACCCCUGAUGUAGUGUUCGUCUUUGGUUUCAAGACUCAGUUUGGAGGUGGCAAAACGACAGGAUUUGCCAUGGUCUAUGAUUCUUUGGAUUAUGCCAAGAAGAAUGAGCCCAAAUACAGACUGGCCAGACACGGACUCUAUGAGAAGAAAAAGACAUCAAGAAAGCAGCGCAAGGAAAGGAAGAACAGAAUGAAGAAAGUACGAGGCACCAAGAAGGCCUCCGUUGGUGCUGCUGGCAAGAAGAAAUGAGGUCAGGAAAAGUGAGACCUUCAGGGAAGACCAUCCUGAAAAUGUUCUUGUAUAUUGUCAAAUAAAUUUAAAAAAAA